CCUCGGCCGAGCAGCGCCGGAGCUCCCGCGUCUGUGUCUUGCUUCAACAGUGUUUGGACGGAGCAGACCCGGGGCCUCCCUUUGUUAGCGUCCGACCGCCCCCCAGUGUCUCCAGUCGCAGCCUCUGGGACCACCUCCUCGCCGCCUUCGGCUCGCAGGACCAGCCAGCACCGUCUCUCCGCGGUUAGCUCCACUGCGUAUCAGCCAUGAGCUCCCAGGUCCGUCAGAAUUACUCCACCGAAGUGGAGGCUGCGGUGAACCGCCUGGUCAACUUGCACCUGCGGGCCUCCUACACCUACCUCUCUCUGGGCUACUAUUUUGACCGGGAUGACGUGGCUCUGGAGGGCGUCGGCCACUUCUUCCGCGAGUUGGCCGAGGAGAAGCGCGAGGGCGCCGAGCGGCUGCUCAAGAUGCAGAACGAACGCGGAGGCCGCGCACUAUUCCAGGACGUGCAGAAGCCGUCUCAGGAUGAGUGGGGUAAAUCCCUGGAGGCCAUGGAAGCUGCCCUGGUCCUGGAGAAGAGCCUGAACCAGGCCCUCUUGGAUCUUCAUGCCCUGGCUUCUGCUCGCACAGAUCCUCACCUCUGUGACUUCCUGGAAAACCACUUCCUGGAUGUGGAGGUGAAGCUCAUCAAGAAGAUGGGCAACCACCUGACCAACCUCCGCAGGGUGACUGGGCCGCAGCCAGCGCAGACCGGUGUGCCAGCGCAGACCGGUGUGCCCUCGCCAUCUUUGGGCGAGUACCUCUUCGAGAGGCUCACUCUCAAGCAUGACUAGGAGGCCUCACCUUCCAAGGGGCUCCCUCCUCUGCUCUGCACCAGCCAGCCUCAGGACCUUCACCCGAACCUCUAGGCAGCUUUGUUAACCGCUCUGGAGCCCCUCCCAAGUCUCGGGACCAAGUGAAAAUAAAGCAUUUUGAAAUAGCA